AUGGAAAAUCAAAACCAGACAUUUGUGACCAUGUUUUUUCUUCGUGGUCUAGCUGCUUACCCCAUCUUUUACUCUGUUUUUUCUCUUUUGUCCCUUAUCAUGUACAUUAUGAUAUUGGUGGGCAAUAGUUUCCUCAUCACAAUCAUCAUCCUGGACUCUCAUCUCCACACCCCCAUGUACUUCUUCCUCAGUAACCUCUCUUUCCUGGAUAUCUGCUACACAUCUUCUUCUGUUCCAAUGAUAAUUGUGAACUUUCUUUCAGAUGAAAAAUCCAUUUCCUUUGUGGGCUGUGGAACACAAAUGUUCUUCUCUCUUGCCUUGGGGUCUACAGAGUGUGUGCUCCUCACUGUCAUGUCAUAUGACCGGUAUGUGGCCAUUUGUAGACCCUUGAGGUACCCCAUCAUCAUGAACAAGGAGCUUUGUGGAUGGAUGGCAGCCAGUUCCUGGAUGACAGGUGUGCUAAAUUCAUUGGUGCAAAUAAUUCUUGCUCUGCAUUUGCCUUUUUGUGGGAACAAUGUCAUUGAUUAUCUUACAUGUGAGAUCCUGGCCGUGCUAAAAUUAGCAUGUACAGAUAUCUCCCUCAAUGUAAUUAUUAUGGUGAUAUCAAAUGUAAUCUUACUCGUUAUUCCAGUGUUGCUAAUUGUUAUCUCUUAUGCCUUCAUCCUUGUUACAAUUCUGAGGAUUAAUUCUGUAGAGGGAAGGAAAAAAGCCUUUUCCACUUGUUCAGCCCACCUGACUGUGGUGACUAUGUUUUAUGGGACCAUCCUCUUCAUGUACAUGAAGCCCAAGUCCAAAGAUUCCCAUGCAACAGAUGAGCUGAUUGCUCUCUUCUAUGCUGUGGUCAUUCCCAUGCUGAAUCCCAUCAUUUACAGUCUGAGGAACAAGGAUGUAAAAGCUGCUGUGAAAAAGCUAAGUAAAAGCAUCUUCUCACAGACAACAUGAAAAGCUGGAAAGCAUCAGCCAAAUAAGACAAAGUACAAUAAAUCAAGAGCAUUUAUAAUCAAUAUUUUAAAAUCAAUGCUUGGUAUAUGAGUUUGAUUCUCUCCUGCCUUGCCCAUCUAUUACUACUGAUAUUCAUCAUCACAGCCAACUCUAGCAAAGCACAGUCAUGGAAAUGGGCUGACAUCAGAAAAACAUAGUUUUCCAUGCUAGGUAUGCUACCAGAACUGAGAAGGAGGACAACAGACUUCAAGGAAUAUGAAAGAAUCACAUGGAAAUAAGGCAAGCUUCUAAUUGGAGAACCCUCUCUAUAAUCUAGCUGUGCUGUAUCCAGUAUUUUCUCCCACGUAGAUCCUCUACAAAAAUUAGAAGAUGCAGUGAACACAGUGCUGAGUUUGAAGUCUCAGAGCCUUUCUCAAAGUCUGGUACUCCCACCAGACAAACAUCACAUAAUACUUAAACAAUCAUAUAAUGUCCUCUGCUCUCAAUUUUCUCAUUUAUAAAAAAAAGAUAGAGUAGUUGACUUCUAAGUUUUCCUCCAACAUUAGAAUGCUGAUGCUAUCUUUCGGAUCAGUCACAUUAGUCUCAUUAGAGCUCAUAUACACCACACUCAUAUCUGCCUCUUAUAGACACCACUAAGGAGAUGGCAGCUAAACAGCCUGUUGUUUUAGAAGGGAAUUUCCCAGUGUACUCCUCACCUCCACCUUCCUCCAAUCCUUAAGAAUUUUACCCUAAGCUUGAUCAAAAUCUUGGGCUUGGCAGAGAUGUUGAUUUGCACUUGGACUUUACAAGAUGUCUUCCACCUUUGGAUUUGUGGGGAAAGGAAUGGAAGUUUUUAUAGUUUGGUUAUCCUUUUCUGUUUAAAAGUUUACUUGUUUUCUUAAGUUGGAAAAAAAUUAAUAUUGAUCAACAAAUUGCUAAACUCUGUGCUAUUGUUUGGAUGCAGUAAUGUUAGAAUAGACUUCACCUUGAAGGUGUCUCAGGAAAGAAGAUGAAACUAAAAUUUCUAUUUCUGCCAGAGUGAGAUUUCGGGCUAGGAGCUUAGGAUUGUUGGAGAGUAUUAUUGAUUCAUUAUUACAUCUUCCCAGGACAAAGAAAAUAUAAAAGAUUCUCUUUGGGGAAAUUAUUUAGUUAUGUUAGACAGGGCUAAUAACUGUCAAGUAGAAUCAAUACAGAUUUAUCCUUACUGAAGAUUAAUUUUUAAGGAAAAACAUUGCUCCAGAGUAGAGGCUGAAAGAAUGGCUAGAGAAAAAGUCUUAUCCCAAGAAGGGUAGCCUGAAUAGGAAGGGUAGAAUCAGAGUAACUGAUAACCCAACUCCACUACUCACCAACCCAGCAGACAUAUACUACCUUACUACAUAAAGAAGUAGAAAUCAGUCCAGAUAAGUUGUGACUUUGAGACGGAUAGAAGAGUAGAAAUUAGCAGAACCAGAAUUUGAACCAAGGUCUUCAUUCUCCAUUUUCAGAGCUCUUCUCACAGUAUUCUCUAUGCAUCUCUCUAUCUAUCUGUCUGUCUUUCUCUCCCUCAUUUUAUCAUUUACUCUUGUAUCAUCUCAAACUGUUGUUAUAGACCCUAUCAGUAGAGAAUGGCUAAAUAAGUUAUGGUAUAUGAAUGCUGUGGAAUA